UGUACUUUCUUUCCACUUAGCUACCUGCUUGAUUGUAUAAAUACAUAAGUACCUAGGAUUUUAUUAUUUACAAAACAAGUAAGAUUAUUUUAAUUGUUACAGUAAGGGACUGCAUAAGCACAUUUUUACAUGGUACCCAUUAUACUCAUUUUAGCAUGUAUUUCUUAAUUUCUCCUUGAAACAACUACCUAGAAAAAUGUCUGCUGAAUCUGAUAUGGAAUAUUCUGAUAACGAUGGUGAUGAUUACGAUUACUACGGCGAGCAAGAUGACUGUGAUAUGGAAACUGUGGAUCGAAGUAAAUCAGAUCCGGAAUUCUUUUUAUAUUCUUGCUUGAAAGUGGAAGAAGUAGAGAAACUGUUGAAUGAAUCGAUUGAAUUGCUCAGCAAUAGCCUUCAAAUAACGCCUUCACUCGCCAAGGUAAUGUUACAUGCCUAUGGAUGGAAUGCUCAAGAAAUCAUAAAUAAGUAUAGGGAGAAUGCAAACGAGGUAUUAGUAUACAGUCGCGUAAAACCCCGCCUACCGGUGGGCCAGGCGAAUAGCUCCCGAACAAAUUGUGCUGUUUGUGCAAAUACUCCACUGCUACACAAAUACAGCGCUUUAGCUUGUGGCCAUUACUUUUGCAAUGAUUGCUGGGCCAUGCAUUUUGAAGUACAAAUAAUGCAAGGAGUAUCAAAUACUAUACAAUGUAUGGCACAAGAUUGUGAAGUGAGAGCACCUGAAGAUUUUGUGUUAUCACAUGUUACUAAACCAACUCUAAGGGAACGCUAUCAACAAUUCAUGUUUAAAGACCAUGUCAAAUCUCACCCUCAACUUCGAUUUUGUCCUGGGCCUAAUUGUCAGUGGAUAUUCCAAGCUUGGACUCGCGAGGGGGCUCGUCGUGUGGAGUGUCGUGGUUGCGAGCUUCUUACUUGUUUCUCGUGUGGUGCACCUCACCAUGCACCCACUGACUGUGCCACCAUUCGCCGUUGGCUUACUAAAUGUGCUGAUGAUUCAGAAACUGCUAACUACAUAAGUGCUCAUACAAAGGAUUGCCCGAAGUGUCAGAUUUGUAUAGAAAAGAAUGGAGGUUGCAAUCAUAUGCAAUGUGGUGCAUGCAGACAUGAUUUUUGUUGGGUUUGUUCAGGUGACUGGAAAACGCAUGGAUCUGAGUAUUAUGAAUGUAGUCGGUACAAGGAGGACCCAAAUUUGGCUAAUGAUAGUCAACAUGCACAGGCAAGAGAAGCUCUGAAGAAAUAUUUGCAUUAUUAUGAAAGAUGGGAGAACCAUGCUCGGUCAUUAAAACUGGAGGAACAAACAUUAGCCAGUCUAAAGAGUCGUAUAAAUCAAAAGGUAAUGGCUGGUGAGGGAACUUGGAUAGACUGGCAAUAUCUGUGGGAUGCGGCAAGACUUUUAAAACGCUGUAGAUAUACCCUUCAAUACACUUACCCCUAUGCUUAUUAUAUGGAAGUGGGCCCUAGAAAAGAACUAUUUGAAUAUCAGCAGGCUCAAUUGGAAGCAGAAAUCGAAAAUUUGUCCUGGAAAGUGGAAAGAGCAGAGACAACAGAUCGUGGUGAUUUAGAAAAUCAAAUGGAUAUAGCAGAAAAAAGACGCACUACAUUAUUAAAAGAUUUUCUAGAAUUUAACACAAAUAACGCCUCCAGUAGUACUAAGGUGUAAAUGAACUUAUUUGCAUUUGAAUAAUUAGUAACACAGUAAGGGUGGCGUGACACCAUUGUGUAAUAUGUAUUUGUAAGAGCUAGAUCUUUUGUUCUGCCAAAGUAUAUUUAUUACAUUAACAUAAAUUUGCAAUAAAAUAGAUAAUACAUA